CCAAAAACCAAAAUCACAAACACACUCUCCCUCACGCGCAUAUAUAUCGAAACAAGGAUCAGCCAAAAUUUUCGAGGUUGGGAGAAGUCGGUGUUCGAUUCUGUAUCACAAUCCAAUGUAUUCUCGGCACAGCACCUGUAUGAGCUUCUUAUGAACGAAAGUUACUCGCCCAUCUCUUUAUAUUUUUUUUAUGUACUGCUUAUGAAUAAUUUGGUUUUCUAGACUAAAUUUCCAAUGUCGGCAGUACAAGUACAUUCUGUCCUAAACUCGAGGAUUUUUCAUUCAGAGCCCCAUCAAUUGAAUCGUGGGCGGUCUACUCAAGCCUCGUCUAUUCAUGGGUAUUGUUUCCCCAGAAGGAUUUGGCGUUCUGAGAAGUACCCAUCCUUAUUUUUGACUAUUUCACACAAACCUACAUGCAUUACGAGUGCCAUUAGCAAAGGCAGUAAGGCAAACCCGGAACAGAACAGCAAGGGGGGCGGUCAAAAGAAGCAAAAAACCCAGGAGAAUUUGUGGAGUUUAGAUAAUGAAUUGCUCAAGAGAGAUUCACCAAAAAAGGCGGGCAAAAAUCCCAAGAAAAAGAGGGGAGCAGGUGGGUUUUCUAAAAUUGGACGAAAGAAGAACAAUGCCGUACAGUCGAAAACUAUUGUUUCUGCUCCCAUGCCAGUGGAAACUGAGACGGUUCUGCAAACACAGGAACCUGUAAUAAAGCCAGUAUGGAGUACAUUUGUAAGCAGUGUCAGUGGCAGUUGGAAGGGUGUUGGAGCAGUAUUUUCUCCAGUGACUGCUGAAAUGGAGCCUAUUUCAUUGGGAGAAAGAAAUGAAUAUCUCUAUGAUUGCUAUAUUCUCUCCAAAGUUGAAGCAGUUAGUUCCCCUUCUCAGGAAAGCAAACAGAUAAUUCACAGAAAAACAAAUUGGGUUGUUAUGAAUCCCUUUGGAGAACAAGGGCAACGAGAGGUCACCAUCCAAGAUGAUCAAAGAGGGAAAACAUUCACACCUAGUAUUGAAGAGAAGCAGAAUUUGCCUUUAUAUGAAACAACAGUUCUGCCCUCAAGCGAUGUUAUGGAGGAGGAAUUUAUGCACCUGGAGCCAGGUCUUGUUUUUUUUGAGGAUGGCUCCUACUCUAGAGGCCCUUUAGUGUUGGAUGUUAAAGGAUCAGUAGAUGAUUCGAGGUACUAUAUUUCUCCAACAUACAAGAUUGAGCAGUGCCUGGUCAGAGGAUGCCACAAAAGAUUGCGUCUUGUGCACACUAUUGCCUUGAAGGAAGGAGGUGCUGAAAUAGAGGUGUUAAGACUAGCUGUUUAUGAGGAAGAAUGGAUGGGGCCAAGCCACUUGGAAUUAAUGAGUGAAACAGAGAAAAGUUCAUUAAAUCCCAUUUCAAAUGAGAAAAGGAUUUCACCCACAGAGCUUGUUGGGUUAUGGAAGGUGUUUGAAAUUAGUGCUACUGCUAUCUUAGAUGAUUUGGAAGAAGAAAAAUCUGAAAUGAGACCUUCAUAUGUGUACUUGUGCAUGGAAACUCUGAAGAGGAGGAGCCUUCCUGAAUUUCCUGUGCAUUUUGUUGAUGCGGAUGCCUUAGAUUUGCAGGAUGUCACGGUUCUGUGGUUGCCUGGUGGCAUUACAGCUUAUGUUGACACAAAGGAAGAUGGUGUGUUGACCAUUGGUGUUGGAUGGUAUUCUAGUGAUGGCACAAACCUUGUGAUGGAGAGGGAUUAUAGUAAUGAAGGGAAAUUACUUGAGGUUCGUUCCAAAUCUGAAAUCAAGAGAAGAUGGACAGAUGGUUCUUUGCAGUAAGCUUCAAUUUCAUACCUCAACCAAAAGCCACUUUUACAAAAGGAAAAGACUUCUGUUUUACCGGAAUGUGUGGAUGCAACUUUAAAGAUAGUGUUAUUUACUGGAUUGAGGUUGAUAUAUGAUAUAUGUAAUGGGUUAUAAAUGCUUGGUAUGAGAAAAUCUUUUCAUUGAUCUCAAAUAUACAUAAUCUGCUCAUGGUUUGCAAUAAAGAACAUUAUUACUGGUAUAGUAUUAGAGAACCUAAAGUUCGAACUUCAUUACAGAUUACCAUAUAGUGUGACUGGUAUUGCCAUCUUGUAACCGCAAUUGAUGCUCCCCUUUGAAGAAGAUUACAGAUUUUGAUAAGCAAUGCCCUGGUAGAGCCAAGAAUGCAAGCAUGGAUGACAAAACACAAUGAUAGAUUACAAGGUCUUGUUUCCAAGAUACAGUAUUGGCAAUUAUACCGGUUCAUUGCCUUUUGUGUUUAUGUGAGGAAGAAUUCUUUACUUUCUAGUAAUAAAAAAGCUUUAAAGUUUUUUUAACUUAA